AUGAACGACUUGUUCUCGGGCUCCUUCUCCCGCAACAACGAGCAAGUCUCGCCUGGCCACCACCACGUGGUGGAGAUGUCCGCCGUGGAGGGCGGCGCGAACCUGGACAAGUUCUUUUUGGAAGUUGAGCCGGUAAAAGAAGAGUUGAAAGAGCUAGAUCGUCUCCAUGAGAACUUACGUGGUUCCCACGAAAGGAGCAAGACCCUUCACAGCGCAAAAGCUGUGAAAGAGCUUCGCUCAACCAUGGACGCCGAUGUAACCCUGGCUUUAAAGAAAGCCAAGGUAGUCAAGGUCCAGCUCGAAGGGUUGGACCGGUCUAACGAGUCAAGCCGGAACUUGCCUGGUUCUGGACCUGGUUCAUCCUCAGACCGGACCAGAACAUCCGUGGUGAACGGAUUGAGGAAGAAGCUGAAGGACUCGAUGGACAGCUUCAAUAGCCUUCGACAACAGAUAUCGUCAGAGUACAGGGAAACCGUGCAGCGGAGAUAUUAUACCGUCACCGGAGAGAACCCUGAUGACAAAACCAUCGACCUUCUCAUUUCUACUGGAGAGAGUGAAACGUUUUUGCAGAAAGCGAUUUCGCAGCAAGGUAGAGCGAGCGUGAUGGAGACGAUCCAAGAGAUUCAAGAGAGGCACGACACAGUGAAAGAGAUAGAGCGAAACCUGAAGGAGCUGCACCAAGUGUUCCUGGACAUGGCCGUGCUGGUGCAGUCGCAGGGCGAACAAUUGGACGACAUAGAGAGCCACGUCGCACGUGCCAACUCGUACGUGCGAGAUGGGGUCCAUCAGAUCCAUGUAGCGAGGAAGCACCAGAUAAACAGCCGAAAGUGGAGCUGCAUCGGCAUCCUUCUGCUCAUCAUCAUCAUCUUAAUCAUAGUUCUCCCCAUUGUCCUCAGAAAUUGA